GGAACCAGUUUCGGUUCCGCACUGUGAAACGGCAAGAUGUUCGGAUUGCUGCGACACCUGUUCAAAUUGCAGUUUCUUUUUGUUGUGGCGGCCGUUUUGGGCGGCAUUUACCACACAGAGAUUAGGCAAUUCCUGCGUCGCCAAACGGACAACUACCUGGACCAAGCUGGCCAGGAUGCGGGCAUUCCCCUGGCAUUCCAAGCUGCCGACGAAGUCGGCACACUCUUCACGCCGGCCGAGCUGGCCAAAUUCAAUGGCGAGGAGGGUCGUCCCCUUUACUUGGCUCUCCUUGGUUCCGUCUUCGAUGUGAGCCGCGGCAUCAAGCAUUACGGAUCCGGCUGCAGCUACAACUUCUUCGUGGGACGCGACGCCUCUGUGUCCUUCAUUUCCGGCGACUUUGAGUCGUACAAUCCGGAAACGGCUGACGAUGUGUUGACGCUAAAGCCAGACGACCUCAUUGGAUUGGCCGGGUGGCGGGACUUCUACCAAAAAGACUACGACUACAAGGGACGGUUGAUUGGGCGCUUCUACAAUGAGAAGGGCGCACUGACCACCUAUCAUCACAAGUUCCUGGAGCUGCUGGAGCAGGCGCGUGAUGCCAAGCGACAGGUGGAGGAGCUGCGUGCCCGGUAUCCUGGCUGCAAUAUUGAAUGGAGCGAGGAGCGCGGCACACGCGUCUGGUGCACCACGACCAGCGGCGACGGCAAGGAGCGCUCCUGGAUCGGCUAUCCCCGCAAGCUGUACAGUCGCGGCAACAAGAGUUUCCAGUGCGCCUGUGUGCCCGAUUCGGAGCUGGACGAGAUCGAUGCCGGCGGCAAGGUGGCUCGCGGUGAUGCCAUGCUGAAACCGUACGACAAUUGCGAGCCACAGGCUAGGGAAUGCUUCUACAGGGUGUAGUGGCGGUCCUUGGUGUUGUAAAUAGUAAAUAGUGCAUUUGGAUCAAUAAAUUAUACGUCAAACAGA